AUGAAGUUCCUAGGCCUCACUCAAUGGGUGCUCGCUGCGCUGCUGGCCUCUGUCGCAGUGACGGCCAGCCCUGUCGCGCCUCACGAUCUUGAAGCUAUGCUGGAGACGCGAAGUCUCGAGGAGAUCCGCCGCUCAUCCGAUGAUUACCUCAAAUUCGCCCUCAAGCGCCAUCUGCCCGGUCUAGACUUCAAGAUUCCCCGUUCUUACGGCGGCUAUAUCUCGGUCAAUGCCACCAACAGUGCCGACGAAAGGCAGCUCUACUUCUUCUACACUCCCCCCGAGUCAGAUGUAGGGGAUGACGACGUGGUCAUCUGGAUCAAUGGUGGUCCCGGAUGCAGCAGCAUGGAAGGUCUUUGGCAAGAAAACGGCCCAGUGAUCUUCCCGUAUUACGCAGCCAACACCAGUGUGAAGCCCUACCUGAACCCAUACUCUACACACAAGGCAGCCCACGCCAUCUGGAUUGAUCAGCCCGGCAACACCGGCUUCUCCAAGGCUGGUCUGGAAAUCCAAGGUUACGGCGGUAUCGCCAAAGACUUUUCAGGCUUCUUGGUCAACUUCUUCAAGGAGUUUGAGCACCUCCAGGGCAAGCGUCUGUGGCUGACGGGUGAAAGUUUUGCUGGCGCCAUGAUCCCUUACAUUGCUCACCACAUCUACGAGCACCCCAAAUACUACAACAACCGUGGUAUCAACCUUAAAGGUAUUCAUAUCAACGACCCUUCAUGGGCGGACAAUACGUACAUGGAGCAGUUGCCUGCAUUCGAAUACGCCAAGCAUUACCAAAAGACUCUUACCAUCACCGACGCAGAGUUGGCAAAGGUAGAGCGCAAGAUCAAGAAGUGGGGUCUUAAUACCUUUGUAGAGGACCACCUCAAGUACCCUCCCAAGGGUCCCAUCAAGGCUCCCUCUGGUUGGAACUCUAGCGUGUACGACGUCUGGGGAAAUUUGCUCAGCUUUUGGAACGGAGCUCAUUGCUCCAGCGUCUACGAUAUUACGGCAAAGUGCCCAAGCCCUCUUGAUCCUUUGGGCUAUCCCCUUGACGCAGCUUCGCCCUCGGCUACCAACAUCUUCAACAACAUCACCGGUUUCAAGGCGGCCAUUGGCGCUGAUCCCAACAGGACUUGGGUCGAAUGCACAAGCGACAAUUGGGUAGACAUCGGCGAGGCUCUGCCCCAGGCUAGUGUCAUGCCCAGUGUCAUUGAGAAUUCCGAGAGGGUGAUCAUUGGUGGAGGAGACCGUGAUGUGCUCCUGCUCACCAAUGGUAGCAAGUUGGCCAUUCAGAACAUGACUUGGUCUGGCCACCAGGGUUUCCAGGUCAAGCCCAGUGGUGUUCUCAGGACUGCAGCUGGACAGCGCGGAACGUACCACAACGAGCGUGGAUUGACCUUUAUCGAGUACUUCUAUGCUGGACACAUGGUACCUCAAGAUGAUCCUGCGGCGGGCUUCAAGACGACCAAGUACCUCCUUGGCCAGAUUAAGAAGUUGUCCAACCCCAGCAACACCAGCUGA